AAAAUAUGAUAAUGUUGCAAAAAAUUAUGGAGACUACCUAAAGAAACUGCAAGUUGAAAAGGAUCUGAAUAACUAUAUUAAGACACUUACAGUAAAGAUGUUUUUUAAGGAAAAAGCAUAUGCUGAAAGGCUAGAAAAUUAUCGCAAAAGGUAUGAAGAUAAUGAUCUAUAUAUCAGUUUAGAGGAAUUAUAUGAGUUUUAUUAUUAUAUAUCUAAGGAGGAGAAUCGGGAAAGAUCAGAUGAUGAAAUAGAGCAGAUGCUCAAAGCAAUAGUAAUCUAG